ACUUAGUUGUCAAAAUUUUGUCUAUGUAUGCUCCUCGCUUGGAACUUGCCUUGGUAUCGAAAUGGAAAGAGCGGUGUAAUAGUUAUAGUUUUUGUAGGUUUUCUUGUAAUUGUGUAAAGACAAAAUAAAUGGUGUAAUCUUGAAACUUCUUGAAGAAAUCCUUGUAGGACAUGGCGUCAACCGGCAGCACACCCUUUCCUAAAUGGCAACUGGCCAUCCUUCUCGGCGCACCAUUGGCCAUCGGCUUAGGUUACCUUUAUCUAAGAAAUAGAUUAGAGGAUCCGGAAAAGAAAAAAGUCGCGGAGCUAAAAGCCAAGACAACAAUUUCACUAGACAAUGAGGAGAACAAUGUGAAAGCCGCCGAAAGCGCUAUCGACCGCGCCAUGAAGCUGAAAGGUGCAGGAAACCGAGCUUUCCACGCAGGCGAAUACGACAAGGCGAUCUCGCUGUACAACGAAGCCAUCGAGUCGUGUCCGCCCGACCGGCCGGUGGACCUCGCCACGUUCUAUCAGAACCGCUCAGCGUGCUACGAAAAGCGCGAGAUGUGGGAGCAGGUAAAGGAGGACUGCACCUUCGCGCUCAAGCUCAACGAGAAGUACGUCAAGGCGUUCCUGCGGCGCUCCCGCGCGGCCGAGAAGAGUGGUGACCUCGUCCUGGCCCUAGAGGACGUCACUUCCGCCUGUAUCCUAGAAAGGUUCCAAGUGCAAAGCUCCCUAGUCAACGCCGACCGCAUCCUAAAGGCGCUAGGCCGCCAGCACGCACGCGAGGCGCUGGCGCGGCGGAACCCCGUCAUGCCGUCCAAGCAUUUUAUCAAAACAUACUUCUCUGCCUUCUCUGAGGACCCUAUUGCCAAGAUCCAAUUGGACGACAAGGCAACCGGUGGCUUUGCGAAGGCAAAACAAGCUCUUGAUGCCCAGGAUUAUGAUUCAAUUGUAGAUGCUUGCACUGCAGAGUUGCAGGCAGAUGGAAAGUACAAAAAUGAGGCACUGCUUUUGCGAGCUACCUUCUAUUUGUUGCUGGGCCGCCACGAGGAAGCUCAGGCUGAUCUUGGCAGGGUGAUUGACAGUGAUGCUUCAACCAAGGUGAAAGUGAAUGCUCUGAUCAAGAGGGCCUCUCUGUACACUCAGCUAGAAAACACGGAACGCUGCUUGGAAGACUUUGCCAAGGCUGCCCAGCUGGAUCCCAACAACUCUGACAUUUACCACCACCGAGGCCAAGUGUACCUGCUGCUGGAGCGCAUGGAUGAGGCCACCGCUGAGUUUGCUAAAGCCGUCCAACUAAACCCUGACUUCUCCAUUGCUUAUAUUCAGAAAUGCUAUGCUGAUUACAGACAUGCCCAGUUGAGCAAGAAUGUGGGUGCUCUGACACAGGUCCGGGCAGACUUUGAACGUGCACUGGAGAGGUUCCCCAAAUGUGCUGAAGCGUACAUCCUGUUUGCUCAAGUGUUAUCAGACCAGCAAGAGUGGGGACGCGCAGAGUCCCUGUUUGACUCAGCGCUGACAGUGGACCCCCACAACGCCACGCUGUAUGUGCACAAGGGGCUGGUGCAGUUGCAAAAGAGCACAGACUUUGACAAAGCUGUCAAACUUAUUAACAAAGCUAUUGAGAUGGAUGAUAAAUGUGAUUUUGCUUAUGAAACACUGGGUACCAUUGAAGUUCAAAGGGGUAACCUAAAACGAUCACUGGAGUUGUUUGAGAAGGCGAUCGCGCUGGCCAAGACGGAGCUGGAGAUGACGCACCUGUUCUCGCUGAAGGACGCCGCCGCCGCGCAGCUCAAGGUGUCCGAGCGCUGGGGGCUCGACUGGACCGUUAGCUAGGCACCCCGCAUACUACAAGGCAUUUGCCAAGUGAGAUUGGCCUUACAUACUUUGUUUUAGACGAGAAUUUUAUUUAAAAUCUGCCAUUUUUUUGUGAAAACAGUACUUAAAGUUUGCAAGCUUGUUUUGGAAAAUUUACUUCAGUAUAAUACAUUUUUAACUUACGGCCAAGUCUCGGAUUCAGCGGCCCGCCGCGCCGCCGCCGCCUGCUUACGUCUAGUGCCGUCAUACGGUGUUUCUAUGCUCUCCUCAUAAGCCGCUUUCCUCAUUUGCCAUUAGCUCGUAAAUGUUAGGUGCACUUUGAUAUAUAUCUAACUUCGUAUCACAAAUUGUUAUGGUCAAGAAUGUCUGUUUGAUGAAUGAUGAAGUUAGAAGUAAGAUAUUUUUGGAAAUGUAAUUUAACUUGAAUUUCAAUUCUUUAAAUGACCUCGUAUUAGGCCCAUAUUAGGAGCUUCAAUGUGUAAUUACAAUCUUGUAUAAAUUUGUUUAUGGGAAGUACAGGGCGCCGCACUACAUCUUGCUGUGUAGUUCAAUAAUUAGCUAAUAUUUCAAGCUUCAUAAGAAGCAGAACAGAGUACAAUUGUAGCUAGCCAGUGCGGCCCACGUGUCCCCCUCUGUUUUAUUACACUUCAUAUUGAAGUUGUCGCUGAAUUCAUUUAAAAAUGAAAUCUACCUAUUGUUAAAUUAUGUAGUGAUAGCUAUCUUGCAUUUAAAAUAUAACAAUAUAUUUUGCGUCUGUAGGUAACUA